CUUCCAGGAAGAAAAGGCUGCUGCAGCGCCUGAAGAGGCUUUGAUCAGAAAUGGAUGUGGAAAGCAGCGGUGAUUCCUUGUGAAAGCUGUUUAAGAGGGAUGGAUUACCGCACCUCCUCCCUGUGUCAGCGCAGUUCCAGUAGAAAAAGACCGUACUGAAGAAAUGGUAACCCAGUGCAUAGUGGAAGUUCUGUCCAAUGCUCUGUCUAAGACAAAUGCACCACCAAUUAAUCCUGAAUGCAAGGAAAUCCUGAAGAAGAGUGGUAGAAAUGACAGAGAGAGAAGUGAAAGCAAACAACUUGAAGUGAGGCAUUCCAAAGACACAGUAGAGACUGAAAAACAUCAUACUGGGAGCAUGGAGCAAGAACAAAGUCAGGCAGAAGAGGAAUAUAAAAACUACAUGAAAGAAAGUGAUGAGGAGAAACUUGCUCAUGAGGAAGGUAAAAGCACGGAAGAGGAGGCUGGACACCACAUGCCUGCUCAGGAUGAGAGUCUUUACACAGGAGAAAAAACCCACUAUCAGGAAACUGGAAGAGAGGAGGAGAAGAAUUACCACAGUGAAGAAGGAAGCAAAGAGAGCAGGUGUUGUGAUGAAGGUGUGGAACAUGCUGUUCUCAACAAGAAGUCUCACUCUGGAGGCACGAGCACAGAUUUCCGUGAUGGGAAUGAUCAGCACCCCUUGGGCCGCUGGCACUUGGAGGAGGGAACGCAGAGCCCUUACAAACAAAUUCAUGAAGGUGAAGAGGGAGAGGAAGAAAGAAGUGAAAAGUACCACCAUGAGUCUAAGGAACGUGAUUUCUCCCAUCAGCAAGAGCGUGAAGAAUCUGAUGAGAGUGAAGAAACAGAAGAGGAAAAGCAACUCUACAAACCCAAACGAUACCAUGGGAAGCACAGAGUGGGUGGCUCCUAUGAAGACAAGAGGGGUCAUGGUGGUGGGAAAGGGGAAGUAACUGAGGAAUCAGACACAGAGGACACCCAUCUCUGGAACCAUCAGAAACAGCGUGAAGAGCAGCGUGAGGAGAAGAGUGGUUAUCAUGGGGGGCGUGGGUCUGAGGAGGCGAAGGAGAAGAGGCUUUCAAUCCAGGGAAUUGAGAAGUACAGAGACAGGUGGCAGCAGAGGGAAGAGAGCAGUGAAGAGAGCAGUGAAGAGAGCAGUGAAGAAGAAAACAAGAGGUAUCACCACAGUGCAGAAAGUAAUGAGAAAUGGCACAAGGAGAGGAGACGUCACGAUGGAUCACGUGAGGCCAGGAGGCACCGUUCCGAGGGAAGGACGUAUCUUGCAGAUGAAAAUGAGGAAGAGCCGGGCAGUAACCACAGUUACCUCAGUGGUGGCAGCAAGGAGAAGCAGCAUCAUGCUGGAGGAAGAUACCUCUGGAAUAAUGAAGAGGAAGGGUCACAGAAAGCAUCUGCCUGGGAGCACCGAGGGCAGGCCAGGAGGUACCACAGCACCGAGGAUGGGGGGGAGCAGCAGCGCUACCCCAGCUACAGUGAGGAGGAGGAGGAGGUAGAAAAGAAGCAUCACAGCAGUGAUCAGGUGGAAAAUGAAGAGGAGGAAAGAUAUGCCAAGAGGGAGGAGUACAGAGGCCGUCUCCCUGCAGAGAAUGAGAAGAGAACCCCAGCAUCCUACAGCCCUUUCUACCCACUGCUGUGGUGGAAAAGCCGGCACUUUGAGAAGAGGGACAGCACAGGAGAGCAGCUUUUGGAGGGCAAAGAGGAUAACAAGCCUGCUCUGAAUGAGAAGAGUCUUUUCCCUGACUAUGAUGAUGAUGAGUGGUGGGAGGAAAAGCAAAUCCUGAGUGCUCUGAAGCACAAACGCGCUGAGAAGAGGAAUCCCAGCAAAAUUAACAGAAAUGAUGUGGAAAGACAAUACAGCAAGAUGGAUCAACUUGCACAGCUUCUGAAUUACAGGAAGAAAUCAGCUGAAUUCCCAGAGUUGUACAGUUCUGGAGAAGACCUGAAAAAACGUCACGUAACUGGGAACGACAGAAGAAAUCUAAGCCAGAGGCCUCUGACGGAAGAGGAGGAAAAAGAACUGCAAAACCUGGCCGCUAUGGAUUUGGAGCUGCAGAGUAUAGCAGAGAAGUUGAACAGCCUCAGGAGAGGCUGAAGGUGUUUGGGGUUGCAGAGAUUGGUGUAGCUGUACUUGCUGUACCCGUGUUCUGUGGUAAAUUCACUGCCACUGGAUUGUUGUUUGCCCUAAACCCAGGAAAUACUGUUUACUGUCCACUAUAGUGUAGUGAUUUAUACAGCUGAAAAUGUCUUUAAUUUGCUGCUAUGCUACUGAGAUCUGAAUGGCAUGAAUUUUAUCAUAACCUUUCAUGUGGGCAGGUAUUUUUAAUAGGCUUUUGAAAAUAAUUGUGUUAGUGUUCUUCAGAAAUAUAUUUGUCUGAGUUUGCAAUAAUAAAAACCAUUGAUCUUGGACCAAA